AUGGUGGACCAAAUUCUUCAUCAUUUCCGUUCCUUUAUUGCCAGCAGUCAUUUGUCACCGCCAACAACGUCGUCACCUGAUGGUAAUGUGGACGAGGACUCCAUCUCGUAUCGUUCAAUUUCCCUCGAUGACUGUUCAGUAUUGCCAGAAUGGGAUGAUGAGCAGUGGGACUUCGGCGCAUCGUUUUUAGCCGAUCUAGACUCUUCACAUGUGUGGAACGACACGUUGGAAAGACAGCACUUUGGACCUCUGAAGGACCUCCUCACUACCUCUGGUCAGAGGGCGGAUGGGCAUCGAUUCGUAUCCAUAGCCCUCGUGCAUCCGACGUGGUGCGACAAAUGUGGCGACUUCAUCUGGGGCCUGUUGAAGCAAGCUUACAAAUGCCAGAACUGCAACUACACUUGCCACAAUCGAUGCAAGGAGCUUGUGACUCUGGAUUGUCGAUCGGCUGGCUCUUCGCUAAAUUCAGACGAAUUUCCAUCAAUUUAUCCGAAACUUCUGGAUGGGACUUUGGGUACAAUCCCGAAGGAGCUUCAUCUGCCGCCUAUACCCUUGUACUCAUUCUUUGAAGACUCCGAUAAGGAAAAUGACACAAGUGUUGAGAAUCCACUUUUCUCUCCGUUAAAAUCACUCCGAAUACAACAUCCAUCUGCCGUAAGCGGCUUUGUUGUCGACCAGCAGCAACCAGAACCCGUUACUGAACAGAGCUUACGCGUUGUGGAGGUAUAUGUGAAAGAGGACACGCCGUUCGAGUGGUCCCCAGCAUAUAAAGAUGACCAACUGGCGAGGAGCAUUGACGAGUACAAUAGUGCUAGCAAUGGUCUGAACAUGAAAAUGCACGACGAUGGCGAAACAUUCUCUGGAUACAUCCAAGUUCAUAUGAAUCUGAGUCGGCCCAUUAGUGUGGUUGCUGGUGAAAAACCUCCUAGUGUCUAUGACGUCAUGAAUACUGUCAGUGGUGCUUCGAUUUCUACUCGUCCAAUAUGGAAUCUCCUGUUAGUAAACCCAGUUCCACUCACUGUACUGGACGAACUGAAAAACGCUGCUAAGGAUUCAUAG